AUGACAAAGCGGACUGUGGAGGAGAUUUAUCAAAAGAAGACGCAGCAUGAACACAUCUUGGCUCGCCCUGAUAUGUACAUUGGCACAAUUGAACCCGUCACCGAGGACAUGUGGGUCUACGAUGAGGCGGAGAACAUCAUGAAGGUGCGAAAGUGCACCUGGACACCUGGGCUCUAUAAAAUUUUCGACGAAAUUCUCGUGAAUGCUGCCGACAACAAGGUGCGAGACCCACUCGGUCAGACAGUCAUUAAGGUGUGGAUUGACGCCGAACGGGGGAUGGUGCGGGUGUACAACAACGGUGAGGGCAUCCCUGUGCAGCGGCACCGCGAGCACAACUUGUGGGUGCCGGAGAUGAUUUUUGGUUACCUGCUGACGUCCUCAAACUACGAUGACACUGAGGCAAAGGUCACUGGCGGUCGAAAUGGGUUUGGGGCGAAGCUAACCAACGUCUUUUCCUCUCGCUUUGAGGUGGAGACGGUGCAUAGCCGUUCCCGCAAGAAGUUCUUUAUGCGGUGGCGAAAUAACAUGUUGGAGUCUGAGGAACCCAUUAUUACCCCGUGCGAUGGGCCGGACUACACCGUAGUGACGUUUUACCCGGACUUCGCGAAGUUUAACCUUCAGGGCUUCGGCGAGGACAUGGUGCACAUGAUGCGACGCCGCGUAUACGAUGUGGCGGGGUGCACAGACAAGUCCCUUCGCUGCUACCUCAACGAUAUGAAGAUUGCCUGCUCCACCUUUCUCGAGUACGUUGACCUCUAUCCCAUGAUGGGCGAGGAGAGGAAGACGGCCAGCUACGCCCGCGUGAAUGCCCGCUGGGAGGUGUGUGUGCGUGUGUCAAACAUCGGGUUUCAGCAGGUGAGCUUCGUCAAUUCCAUCGCCACCACGCGGGGUGGCACCCACGUGAGGUAUAUCACUGACCAAGUCAUUGCGAAGGUGACGGAGCAGGCGAAGCGCAAGAACAAGACCGAGGUGAAACCGCACAUGAUUCGGCCCCACCUUUUUGUGUUUAUCAACUGUCUUGUGGAGAACCCUGGCUUUGACUCACAGACGAAGGAGACGCUGAACACCCCCAAGUCCCGCUUUGGUUCCACCUGUGAAUUGCCUCCUGCCAUGAUUGACUGCAUCCUGAAAUCGAGUGUGGUAGAGCGGGCAGUGGAGAUGGCGAAUAGCAAACUAACGCGGGAAAUUGCCUCUAAGCUGCGCAACGCCGACCGAAAACAGAUUCUUGGCAUUCCCAAGUUGGAUGACGCAAAUGAGGCGGGUGGAAAACACGGUCACCGCUGCACUCUUAUCCUCACGGAAGGUGACUCUGCCAAGGCCCUUUGCACAGCCGGACUCGCCGUCAAGGACCGCGACUACUUUGGCGUCUUUCCGCUGCGUGGGAAACCCCUUAACGUGCGUGACGCCGCACUGAAGAAAGUCAUGGCGUGCGCGGAGUUUCAAGCAAUCAGUAAGAUCAUGGGCCUUGACAUUUCCAAAAAACAAAUUGGUGUGGAAGGGCUGCGCUACGGACACCUGAUGAUUAUGUCCGAUCAAGAUCAUGACGGUUCCCACAUCAAAGGGCUUAUUAUCAACAUGAUUCACCACUACUGGCCGGAUUUACUAAAGGCACCUGGGUUUCUGCAGCAGUUCAUCACACCGAUUGUCAAGGCGCGUAGAAAAGGACGUGGGGAUGGUGAUGAUCGCGCCAUUUCAUUCUUUUCAAUGCCAGACUACUUUGAGUGGAAGAACGCCAUUGGCGACGGCAUUAGAAACUACGAGAUACGGUACUACAAGGGUCUGGGUACCUCCGGCGCGAAGGAGGGACGCGAGUACUUUGAGAACAUCGAUCGUCACCGCCUUGACUUUGUGCGCGAGGAUGCGAGCGAUGAGUCCCGCAUUGUCAUGGCCUUUGCAAAGGAUAAGGUGGAGGAGCGCAAGCACUGGAUCACGCAAUUUAGGGCGAACACCAACGUGAAUGAGUCUAUGAACUACAAUGUCCGGACCGUGCGGUACUCAGAGUUUGUAGACAAGGAGCUGAUUCUCUUCUCGGUGGCCGACUGCGAGCGCUCCAUCCCGAGCGUGAUAGACGGCUUGAAGCCAGGUCAGCGGAAGAUCAUCUUUUCCUCGUUUAAGCGUAAUCUCACACGGUCUAUUAAGGUGGUCCAACUUGCCGGUUACGUUUCUGAGCACGCGGCGUACCACCACGGGGAGCAGUCACUGGUGCAAACCAUCGUUGGACUCGCCCAGGACUUUGUGGGUGCCAACAAUGUCCCGCUGCUGCAGCAAGACGGUCAGUUUGGUACUCGGCUUCAGGGCGGCAAGGAUCAUGCUGCGGGUCGUUACAUCUUCACCCGCCUCACGAACCUGGCACGGUAUAUUUUUCACGCCUCAGAUGACUUUGUUGUGGACUACAAGGACGACGAUGGCCUUUCCGUGGAGCCGUUUUACUACGUCCCAGUCAUCCCAAUGGUGUUGGUGAACGGUACCUCCGGCAUUGGGACGGGGUUUGCGACGAACAUCCCCAACUACUCCCCGCUUGACGUCAUCGAUAACCUGAUGCGGCUGCUGUGGGGGGAGGAGGUGCAGCCGAUGAAGCCGUGGUACUUUGGUUUCACUGGCACCAUUGAGGAGAAGGAAAAGGGGAAGUUUGUCUCCGUAGGCUGUGCUACCGUGCGGCCGGACGGCAUUGUGCACAUCACUGAGCUGCCUGUUGGGACCUGGACGCAGGCGUAUAAGAAGUUUCUUGAGGAACUGCGUGAGAAGGAGGUGGUGGUGCAGUACCGCGAGCACAACACCGAUGUGACGAUUGACUUUGAGGUUUUUGUACACCCCGAGGUGCUCCAGCAGUGGGUGGCGCAGGGAUGUGUGGAGGAGAAGCUGCAGCUGCGUGAGUAUAUCCACGCGACAAACAUCAUCGCCUUUGACAGAGAGGGACAAAUCACAAAGUACCUCGACGCGGAGGCGGUGCUAAAGGCAUUUUAUUUGGUGCGCCUAGAGUACUACGUGAAGCGACGGGACUUUUUGAUCGGUGAUCUGCGAUCAGUCGCGUCCAAGCUGGAAAACAUGGUGCGUUUCGUGACGGAGGUGGUGGACGGCCAUCUUAUUGUCACGCGGCGGCGCAAGCGGGAGCUACUGGAGGAGUUGCGCCAACGCGGAUACACUCCCUUUCCGCCGCACCAAAAGAAGAAUAUAAGCUCCACCACAAUCCAGCAGGGGGAUGAGGAGGCCGUGGAGGAUGCGGCAAGUGCCAUGACGGAGGAGGUCUUUCUUAUGCUGCAGCCCGCAGUGGAUGCAGCGGGGGAUGCAGACAGUGGCGAGGCUCCCGAGGUGCAACAGGCUGCGCGGGACUACGACUAUUUGUUGGGCAUGCGGUUGUGGAACCUGACGGCGGAGAUGAUUGCGCGGCUGCAGGCGCAGCUGCAGAAGGCGCGUGACGAGCUCGCCACACUGCAGAAGCAGACACCGAAGGAUUUGUGGGCAGCGGAUCUCAACCAGCUGCGUCCACGCAUUGAGAAGUUCUUCGAGGGCCGGGUGAAGGAGAUUGCCUCCGUUCAGCGGAAGAAGAUGGAGAAGACGCGGCCGUUCGACCCACGACGACUGCGUGUGCCGCUGUUGUCAGACAAGGCGCGGCAGGCACUCACGAAGGAAUUUGUGAAGUCCGAGAAAAAAGUUGGACGUGCGGAAUGCGUGGAAGGCGACACGGGUGACGCCGCCAAAAACCCAUCGGCUGGGCGUAAACCCGCGGCGAGGCGGAGACGGAAGGGGAGGUCCGACGAUGAUGACAGUGACGACGUCGACGAGGUCGACACACUAAGCGACACCAGCGACGACUGGCGGCCCGCCGGCGGUGGCGCCAGCGACGCGGUCGUGCUGGACGACGACGACGACGACGACCCCGGCAACAAGGCGAACGGUGGAGCAAAAAAGCCACUGCCUAAGCGACCAGCGGCGAAGCGGGCACCGCAGAAGCCGCGGAACGCAGGUGCAAAGCGCGCCAAGACGGAAACGACGUCUAAGGCUCUCGUCACCGAUGACUUUGACAUCGAUAACUUUGGCAUUGAGGCUCUCACACGCACCGCGGCGAGACCCACCGACGCUGCUACAUCAGCGGCAGCAGUAACGGUUGCCCCGCGGCGGGCUGUCGUACUUGAAGAGGACGCAGAUGACGAUCUUGUGCUUCUAGGCAUCAGUAACGUGGGGCAGAAGAAAUCACCCCCCGCGCCAGCGACAAAGCGGGCACCAGCACGCCCGCAGAAGCCGCAGGCUUCCAGGAAGCGUCGCCGCGGUAGCAGCAGUGAUGAAGACUCCUUUUCUGACGAGGACGAGGAUGAUGAGGCGUCGAGCGGUUCCUCCUCCUAUGACUUUAGUGAUUAA